UUGGAGCCACCUAGCAUCGCGGUUGCAACGGCGUCUUCCCCACUCCUGCUCUGCUCUCGUCCCCGUGGAUGGAUGAGCAGCUGACCAGCAGCAGCAAGAACAGGGGGAGGAGCAGAGGCUGAGAGACUAGCGGAUGCUCCGCUCCUCUCUGGCCGACACUCAGUCAACUUGAGCGGACAGACACACCAACGUGGGCCCCUUUCGGUUACCAGCAUUCGUUUGCCCACCUGGGAAGUCCAGUCGAGAAUUAGGCAACUCGACUGGCUAACCGGACGAAAAGAAGCUGGCGGUGUUUCGUUUAGCCUCACAUCGGAGACUUUAACUCAAACGGGCGUCGAUUAAUUUGGACAUUUAACAUGUCCAUAUUACCGUUCACGCCUCCCAUAGUGAAAAGGCUUCUCGGUUGGAAGAAGGGGGAGCAGAACGGCCAAGAGGAGAAAUGGUGCGAAAAAGCUGUGAAAAGUCUGGUGAAAAAGUUGAAGAAGACCGGACAGUUGGACGAGUUGGAAAAGGCCAUCACAACGCAGAAUGUCAACAGCAAAUGUUUAACGAUACCGAGAUCACUAGAUGGGAGACUCCAGGUCUCGCACAGAAAAGGUCUCCCUCACGUCAUUUACUGCCGCCUGUGGCGCUGGCCCGACCUGCAGUCGCAUCAUGAGCUGCGGGCCAUCGACCAGUGCGAAUAUGCCUUCCACACAAAGAAAGAUGAAGUGUGUGUGAACCCCUAUCACUACCAGAGGGUGGAGACACCAAUUUUGCCGCCUGUUCUGGUUCCACGACAUACAGACAUCCCCGCUGAGUUCCCACCAUUGGAUGACUACAGUCCCUCCAUUCCAGAGAACACCAACUUCCCUGCUGGCAUUGAACCACAGAGUAAUUACAUACCAGAAACCCCCCCACCAGGGUAUCUGAGUGAGGAUGGCGAAACAAGUGAUCAACAACUUAAUCACAGCAUGGACACGGGUUCACCCAGCCUGUCACCCAAUCCUGUGUCACCCACAAACAAUAAUCUUGACCUACAACCUGUGACUUACUGCGAAUCGGCGUUCUGGUGCUCCAUCUCCUACUACGAGCUCAACCAGCGUGUAGGAGAGACUUUCCACGCCUCACAGCCCUCCCUCACAGUUGACGGCUUUACUGAUCCCUCCAACUCGGAGCGCUUCUGUCUGGGCCUUUUGUCAAAUGUUAAUCGCAAUUCUGCUGUGGAGAUCACACGCAGACAUAUAGGAAGGGGUGUAAGGUUGUACUACAUUGGUGGGGAAGUGUUUGCAGAGUGUCUCAGUGACAGCGCCAUCUUUGUCCAGAGUCCGAAUUGCAACCAGCGUUACGGCUGGCACCCUGCUACUGUCUGCAAGAUUCCUCCAGGUUGCAACUUGAAGAUCUUCAACAACCAGGAGUUUGCUGCUCUUCUUGCCCAGUCGGUCAACCAAGGAUUCGAGGCAGUAUACCAACUCACCAGGAUGUGCACCAUUCGCAUGAGUUUUGUCAAAGGAUGGGGUGCCGAGUACAGACGUCAGACAGUGACUAGCACCCCCUGCUGGAUAGAGCUACAUCUCAACGGUCCUUUGCAGUGGUUGGAUAAGGUUCUCACACAGAUGGGCUCCCCUAGCAUUCACUGCUCCAGUGUGUCUUAAAGGCAGCUAGUGCCUCACAUCGACACUUGAAGCCACGUGAGACUCCUUCAGUUUCCCACUCUCUCAGUGCAGAAAAGGAAAGAGACCAAGAGCAGCCUCCUCCUUUAACCUCACAUAUACAAUGGCAUGUAAAUGUUUGAGGACCAUUAGUCAACAUUUCUGUACAUGUGACAUGGAAGAUGAAAUUAUUUCAAAAGUAAUAAGUUCUAACCAACGGUUUGAUGUGUAGACAAGACCAAUGAACCUUGCGGGAAAAGGUUAGUGAACUGAACAACUGAAAAGGGGAGCACAGAAUUCUGUGGAGAAAGAGUAUGGGGGUGGAUCGAUGAUGCUCUGGGGUUGCAAGUAGAACUUCUCUCAGGUAAAGGAUGGAUUCAAUUAACUUUAACAAAUUCUAGAAAGGAACAAAACGCUGUGUGAAAGAAAUUGAAACGAGGAUGGUUUCUACAAAAGGAAUAUUGAUCUUAAACACACCUCCAAAUGGACAAUAGGAUUCCUGACAGGCAGGUGGUUUGUGCCGCAGUCUUCACAUUCUCCACACCUAAAAAAAACUUUAAAAAUCUGCUGAUAAAAAAGCAGUUCCUGUAAGUCAGUCCAGGAAUCUCACAGAACUGGAAGAAUUUAAAAGGCACGAUACUGCCAAAGGCCGUGUUACCAGAUAUUAAGAUGGCUGCCAAAAGGUGUAAUGUAAAAUUUGUAUAAUCAGAUUGUGUCAUAUGUAAAUUGACUAUUAUCCAUAACUUUAUGACUUGGAAAUGUAUCAUCUUCCUCUCAAUUUGUUACUUUAAUGGAACAUUUGAUUAUUGGUGCCCAACUUUUGCAUGGCACUGUACAGUUUGCACUUUGCCUCAUACUAUUUAAUUACCCAAAUGAAGGUUCUGCGUCUUCAAUGCAAAGUAUUAUCUGUAUUUUUCCAGACAUGACAGGCCUUUUUUUGUGUCAUUGAGAUAACAAGUAGCCAGGCAUAGCAACAGUCUUGUUUUUUCUAGCAACAAUCCAGACUUAAAAUUUUACCCACGCCAUGAUGGGAAAUUUUCAUGAAACUUGGUAGAGGAGGGGCAGAUGGAGGCGAUUUAUAUAUACAGCUCUUACAUUUACAUUGAUUUUUCUCAGGAAAUACAAUUGAAACCUGAAUACAGAAUUGGCUCUUUUCUCCAUGUUUCCGAAAUAUAUCCGCCCUCUCCAAAUCCUGACCUUGCGAGGUCAAUGUGAUAAUACAUGCUGAGUGUUUAUCACAAUUCGAAAUAAUGAUUCUAUGAAUUAAAGAUGAUCGUGAGUAGUAUAAUUUGAUUUGAACACAAAAUGACCCUAAUUAAUGUGAUAAAAUUUGUGUAAAAUGUUUUAAGUACAAUGUACUUUCCUCCUAAAAUAAUUAAUCGUAAAUGGUGUUAUAUAGCGCUUUUCCACCUUUCAAGGCGCUCAAAGCGCUUUACAGGAGUGACAAUUAUUGUUUUAUCUAUUUUAAAUAGCACCAUUUAAAAAAAAAAAAAAAAAAAAAAUGAAAUGAAACUAUUUUGCUCAGUGAAAAAUACAUUUUAUAAGUUAUUUUUGCAUACUGUCCUGCAUGGAAAUAUAUUUUUAUUAUUAUGCCUCAGUAUGAUUGUAAAUAACUAUUUAUAGCUUGUGAUUUUCUGUAAUUAUGCGUAGAUGGAAACAUGACUGCACAUGAACUGACUAUAUGGCCAAGGCAGGUGUACACCUGGAUGACGCCUGCUUUAAUACUGGUACAUCUCAACAUAUGAGUACAGAUAACAUAAAAACAGUUUUGUGAAACGUUUGCACAGGUGUGACAGCAUGUUUAGAUGAAAAAAGGUCUAAUCACAUUAGUGGCAAACCUGCUUCAAUUUAGUGGUGUAUCGUGUCUCUAAAAGUAUGUUCACUUUUACUGUUUAAGACUGCUAUCCCUGGUCAUCGUCUUUGAAGUUGUCAUGUUAAAGAAAACUCACAAGACAGUUAAACUGUAUACAACAGUACAUUAGAGUUGAUCUUCCUCUUGUGGUCUUCAAUGUCAUGUACAUGCUUUUUAGUCACAGUCACUGAGUGAAAUAUUUGUCCUUAAAUGACCUUUUGUUAUGCAGAAUGUCUAAUAAAUAGAUUCAAAUUUAUGCAUUUUAAUUUUAUUGUUCUUUAUUUGCAUGUGACAUC